AUGACCUUCGUGGAGCUGCUGGCCCGCCUGGGCGGGAUGGGACGUUUCCAGGUGACCUACGUGGCCGCCCUGGCCAUUCCGUUGCUGAUGCUGGCCAGCCACAACCUUCUGCAGAAUUUUACCGCCGGUGUCCCUGAGCACCACUGCCGGCCUCGGCCUGUGGCCAAUGACAGUGCCGGGGAUGUGCCACUCCUCAUCUCCAUCCCCUCUGACGGCCACCACCGUCCCCAGCGCUGCCGACGCUAUGUGGAACCCCAGUGGCACCUCCUGGAGGUCAACAGCACGGUCAACGAUACGGCCAACGGGGCAGCCACUGAGCCUUGCCACGAUGGCUGGACCUACCAUGAUGGUGUCUUUGCUCACACCAUCGUUACUGAGUGGGACCUGGUGUGCGAGUCCAAGACAUUGAGGCAGGUGGCCCAAUCCAUCUACAUGGCCGGGAUCCUCCUGGGCUCUGGCCUCUUUGGGGUCCUCUCCGACAAGUUUGGGCGCCGGGCGCUGCUGACCUGGUGCUACCUGCAGCUGGGGGUGGCGGGGUGGAUCCCGACGGAAGCGCGCGCCGUGGUGGGCACCAUCAAUGGCUACUGCUACACCUUGGGGCAGUUCGUGCUGGCAGCCGUGGCCUUCGGCCUCCCUCACUGGCGCUGGCUCCAGCUCGUCGUCUCCCUCCCCUUCUUCCUCUUCUUCCUUUACUCCUGGCUGUUUGUGGAGUCAGCCCGGUGGCAGGUGAUUUCGGGGAGACCCGACCUGGCCAUCAAGGGGCUCCGCAAAGUCGCCCGUAUCAACAGGAGGAAGGACGAAGGGGACAAGCUCAGCGAAGAGGCGCUGCGGACGUUGAUGCGCCAAGAGCCGCCGCUGCCAGGAGGGGCCUUGGCCGCCCUGGUCCGCACCCCCGGUAUGAGGACAGUCUCCUGUGGAGUCGCCUUCGUCUGGUUCUCCACCAGCUUCGCCUACUAUGGGUUGGCCAUGGAUCUGCAGGGCUUCGGAGUGGACAUCUACCUGAGCCAGCUGGUUUUUGGGGCUGUGGACAUCCCGGCCAAGCUGGCCUCGGUGCUGGCCAUCAGCUGCGUGGGACGGCGGGUGGCCCAGGGUGGCUCCUUGGCACUCGCUGGCAUCUGCAUCCUCGCUAACAUCAUUGUGCCAAUGGAACUGCAGAUGCUGCGCAUGGCCUUCGCAGUGAUUGGGAAGGGUUCAUUGGCCGCCUCCUUCAACUGUGCCUACAUCUUCUCCGGAGAGCUCUUCCCCACCGUCAUCAGGCAGACGGGGAUGGGCCUGGGGGGCACCAUGGCCCGCGUUGGGAGCAUGGUGGCCCCGCUGGUGCACAUGGCAGCUGACGUGACCCCAGUGCUGCCCCUCAUCAUCUACGGGGCUGCCCCCAUCAUCUCAGCCAUCGCCACCUGCUUCCUGCCCGAGACUCGCAACGUGCCCCUGCCCGAGACCGUCAAGGACGUUGAGAGACGGUGAGGGGCACCCCAGUGA